CUUUUCGGAGAAGAGAACGCGCGAGCGGGGGCAGAGGACGUCCGUUAUCAGAAAGACCCGCAGCUCUUGUCUUACUGUUUUUAUCGUUUGACGGCACGAACAUAGGGGAAAAGUAAACAAACAAACAAAAAUAGAGAGUCGAGUGUCUGACACCUGACCUAACCGUUAGCUGUAGUUCUGUAGCUAGCUAAGGUAUCCUAAAGUUGUCAGAAAUCUGACUGAAGAGAGAGAGAGAGAGUGAGAGACAGAGAGACAUGGCUACGACGACCUGCACUCGAUUUACGGACGAAUAUCAGCUAUAUGAAGAGCUCGGAAAGGGAGCGUUUUCAGUGGUGAGGCGAUGUGUGAAGCUCUGCACAGGCCAAGAGUAUGCUGCCAAAAUCAUCAACACCAAAAAACUAUCGGCCAGAGAUCAUCAGAAGCUUGAACGAGAGGCUCGAAUCUGUCGACUGCUCAAGCAUCCAAAUAUCGUUCGACUUCAUGACAGCAUAUCAGAGGAAGGCUUCCACUACUUGCUGUUUGACCUGGUGACAGGGGGAGAGCUGUUUGAAGACAUUGUUGCCAGAGAGUACUAUAGCGAGGCUGAUGCCAGUCACUGCAUCCAUCAGAUUCUAGACAGUGUCAAUCACAUUCACCAACAUGACAUAGUGCACAGGGACCUGAAGCCAGAGAACCUGCUCCUGGCCAGUAAGUGUAAGAACGCCGCGGUCAAGCUGGCCGAUUUUGGUCUGGCCAUCGAAGUGCAGGGAGAUCAGCAGGCAUGGUUUGGAUUUGCAGGGACACCAGGGUAUCUGUCCCCUGAGGUGCUGAGGAAGGAGGCAUAUGGGAAACCUGUGGACAUCUGGGCCUGUGGUGUGAUCCUCUACAUUCUGCUGGUUGGUUAUCCUCCGUUCUGGGAUGAGGACCAGCACAAACUCUACCAGCAGAUUAAAGCUGGGGCUUAUGAUUUUCCAUCUCCAGAGUGGGACACAGUCACUCCUGAAGCCAAAAACCUCAUCAACCAGAUGCUGACCAUCAAUCCAGCCAAGAGAAUCACAGCACAGGAGGCUCUUAAACACCCAUGGGUCUGCCAACGCUCUACAGUGGCCUCCAUGAUGCACAGACAAGAGACAGUGGAGUGCCUGAAGAAGUUCAACGCCAGAAGGAAACUCAAGGGCGCUAUCCUGACUACCAUGCUGGUGUCCCGGAACUUCUCUGUGGGUAGCAGGCAGACCACGGCUCCGGCCUCGGUCACUGCCGCCGCUGCUGCUGUUGCUGCAGCAGCGGGCACCACAGCAGGGCUGGUGGAACAAGCAGCCAAGAGUUUGCUGAAUAAGAAGGCCGACGUCAAGAAGAGGAAGUCAAGCUCGACUGUUCAGUACAUGCCCCAGACCAACAGCACCAAAAACAGCAUAGUCACGAGCCCCAAAGGAAACCUUCCCUCUCCUGCACUGGAAGCUCAGACCACUGUUAUACAUAAUCCAUUGGAUGGGAUUAAGGAAUCGUCUGACAGCAGCAGUGCCACAGUGGAGGAUGAAGACAUGAAAGGAAAGAGUGUUGAUAACAGCUCAGGUCAAACGCAGUCAAAUCUCAGCUACCAGGCAGACCACACAGUUCAGGGUCCUGUCCCUCCUGUCUUCUCCUCCACCAAGCUCUCGGACCUGCUGGGUGUGGUACGCAAGGCCUCAGGCCCUGCAGCUGAUGGUGAGGGGAGCACCAGUACCCCCUCCCCCACCCCCCAAACCCCCAACAUUCCCAUGCAGAUGUCGCGCCUGACAGAUCUGAUGAGCAGCGUGCGCAAGAGUUCAGUCCCCCAGGCCGAUGCUGACUCAGCUACACCCAGUCGACCACACAGUGUCCCGAACCCUGCUCAAGCUCCAAACCCUAUUACCGCCCCCUCCCAAUCCUCCCCUCCUCCCCCACAGUCCUCCUCCAGCCCCCUGCCUGCACUACACUCACGCAAACAGGAGAUCAUUAAAAUCACCGAACAGCUCAUCGAGGCCAUUAACAAUGGAGACUUUGAAGCUUAUGCGAAAAUCUGUGAUCCUGGUUUGACCUCAUUUGAGCCAGAGGCUCUGGGGAAUCUGGUGGAGGGCAUGGACUUCCACAGAUUCUACUUCGACAACUUAUUGUCUAAGAACAGCAAGCCCAUCCACACCACCAUCCUGAACCCUCACGUGCACCUGAUCGGUGAAGACGCUGCCUGCAUAGCCUACAUCCGCCUGACGCAGUACGUGGAUGGUCAGGGCCGGCCACGCAGCAGCCAGUCGGAGGAGACAAGGGUGUGGCAUCGCCGGGACUCCAAGUGGCAGAAUGUCCAUUUCCACUGCUCGGGAGCUCCUGCUGCUCCACUGCAGUGAAGGGACAGUUUGUUGUUGCGACAUGCAAGAAAAGCAUCCAGCCAGAGAGGGAGAGAGAAAGGAAGGGAGAGGGAGGAAGGAUAGGAAGUCCAGUGUCAGUGCCUGACCCUUCCACACUGGGCUCCGCCCUUCACCUGUCAAUCACGUCUCUGUGCAGUGUCCACCCCGCCCCCUCCCUUGUUCCCCCUCCCACUGUGUUGCCACACCGUGCUGUGUGUUAAUGAGCCGAGUGAGGUGAUCUCUGACUGUCCGUGACGUGUCACGCUGUCUCGGUGUGAAUGACGAGCCCGUGUGUUCACCCAUUUUUAAUAUUCUAAUUCAUAUUAAUCAUUGAUAUUAUUACUGUCGUUUAUUAAUAUGAUUACUACACAGAAGCAAUCGUGUGUUAUUUGUACAGUUCAUAUUCUGAAUGCUAGUGGUUUCUGAGUUAAGCCCUUUUUUUUUUUUUUUUUAAAUAGAUAGCAUGGCACUCGGUGUAUCCACGGUGGUUGUUUCUAUAGUAACAGAGGCAGCGAGUUGAAGCACAGUGUUUGGUGUGGGAUGAUUCAAGUUUAACUACGCGUGCGUGUGUGUGUGUGUGUAGGGGCAGAGCUAAACAGAGUGAUACACAGCGAUGUGUUUGGGGUCUUCCAGUCUUUCAUUGUUCCCUUUUCAAACAACGUGAAAAGAGCGUCUCCUGAAUCGGCUCAUACGCCUGGUUUUUUUUUUGGUUUUUUUUUAGGCGGAUCAAUUUUUAUCCGAUCGCAAAGGAGCUAACAUCAAGAAUCGCUAAAUAAUAUCACUAAAGUAUCUCUGUGCUCACUUCUCGUCACAUACUCCAAAACCGAUCUGAGCAGCUCUGGAACUGACCAGUAAUAAAGCAGCCCAUCAGACAUGUCUCCAUAUUCAGCUGAGCCAGUUACUGAACUGUAUGAAAGACUGUGUGUGUGUGUACAUCAGUAGCAUGCCAGCUCAAAUCGCAUUGUAAGCCAUAAUCCAGCUAAAGGUGCUACAUAUCACUCUAGCCUGCAUUUGUCCUAACAGCACAAACAACACAUACCAUGAGUUUCCUUGUACCAGCUAAAAGCUGAUGCAUGGCUAAACAUCCGGUUUAUUCAGGCUUAUUAAGUGAUGAAGGAUGUAGCGAAACCCUCUUGAGUAAAGAUCUGAAAUUUCAUUCAUUUCGACACAACUUCAGGCUGCGAGGUUGGUCUUUUGUUUUGUUUUGUUUUAUAUCAUUUCUAAUUUUGUCACAAGGGUUGUUGUUGUGUUUAACUAUAAGUAUAUAUCUUAAGGUUAAGGUUAAAUGUAAGAUUCGAAAAAUAUAGCUCUCUCUCUCUCUCUCUAUAUAUAUAUAUAUAUAUAUAUAUAUAUAUAUAUAUAUUUAUAUAUAUAUAUAUAUAUAUAUAUAUAUAUAUAUAUAUAUAUAUAUAUAUAUAAAUAACAAAUGAUUUGUUCACGUUUUUGUUUUUCUUUUCGAAGGGGCGUGUUUGUACUUGAAAGCAAGUUGCGAUGCUGGAAGAGGAGGGAUGAUCUGAGGAUGAGGUAUUGUCGAGCGACAAACUUAUCAAAGAGAUACGUCAGGGAAAAUUUUUUUUCUAAUAUGAGGAUUUCGCAAGUUCAAUUCUCUUUACAUGAAGUGUACUUAAGACAGAUCGCAUGUAUAUCAUGUCCAGAGGAGCCGGGGCUGUUAGAGCUGCGGAUGAGGGUGAGAGAAGCCUAUUGAUCAGGGGAACGAGAGAAGCUUUUGUUAUUCAUCGUUUGUGUCCUCAGGUUGUAUUUAUUUAUUUAUGUAUUUAUUUAUUUAAGUAUUUUAUCUCACUCCUGUCCUUUGUACACUUUUUUUCCACUAUUAUUUUCAUUCUUUUACAGACAAUAUCAGGCUUUAGUGAAUAUUAUCAAUAAGCUUCGAUGGGCACUUUUUCUUUUUCUUUUUCUUCUCCCCGAAGCCCCUUUUUUUUUUUU